AUGUCUAGUGAUUUUGAUCACCAAUUACGCCAGGCUUUUCAAGAUCUUCAUUUAAAGUUGUCAGAAAAUAGUAGUCAAAUUCGUGCAACAGAUCAAUUGUUAGCUCAGGCAAGACAUGAAUUUCGUUAUGACUCUCUUGUAAAAGCUCAAAUAAUGGACUCAGGAAAAGAUAAACCAAUAUAUAGAAGUAUUGGGGCAGCUUAUCAAUUAGAUGAUUACGAUAAAUUUGUUUCUGGAUCUAUACGGAAUAAAAAGUUUUUUUCUGAUAUCAUUUUUAAUAAAGCUAAUGAUGCUUUUGGAAUUAAAACUGAUAUAGACAAAGAAACAGAGGUCUCCAAAAAAUCAACUUUAAAAAAAUAUGAAACCAAUGAAAUAUUUCUACAUGAUCACAAUUCAAUGAAUGAUUUUGGUGAUUUACAUAAAAAACAUAAAUAUGAUACUUCUAAUCAUAUCAACGAAAAAAAUAUAACAUAUUUUUCAUAUGAUAAAUUUUUCAAAAGAAGACUUUUUGAAAAUAUCCCUCAAUUUAUUUCAGCAACGACAUUACGUUACAAUGAUGAAAUGAGUAAUGAAACAAAUAAACUUGAAGAAUUUUUUUUUAAAAAUCAUGUAGAAAAUUCAAAAAAUGAUGGUUUGGUAUUUAUGAAUUCUCCUCCAAAGUUAAAUAAUCAUUUUAAAGAAUCACCAAAAUCGGUGUGCCUAGAAAAUGGUACAAUAUUUUCAUUUGAAACAAUGAGACCAUUUACCGGAAAAGUGUUUAUCAGUGAAAAAAAAAAUAAUACCAAUUGUUAUUUUAAUUUUAAAAACGCACCACAUCCAAAAAUUUAUUUUUAUUAUAAAUAUUGUUCAUCAAAUACCCCGAAUGACAUAUCAAUUAAAAAUAAUACAUUAAAUAUAAAUGUCGUCUUUAACAAGAACAAAACACCUCAGUUGUUGUAUAAAGUAAAAUGUCCUAAAAUGUAUGGUACCCCUGUAAAAAAUAUUCAUUUAGCGGACAAAGUAAAUACAUUUAAUAUAAUGAAAUUAUACAAGACAUUUCCUACUAUUAUACCAUCAGUUGAAUUUAAAGUUAUCAAAAAUCAUAUUUCACAUGAAGUAAAUAAACAUACAAAAAAUGAUAAAUUACAAUUUUUAUGGAGUUUAAAAAAUUCCACUGAUAUAUACAAUUUCUUGAUAACAAAUUGCAUCAUUGUAAGUAAAAAUCAAAAUUAUACCAUUAUUGAUAAACAUGGAUGUUCAGUUGAUGAUAAAAUAUUAUCACACCCACAAUAUAAUAUUUUAAAAAAAACAAUUUCUUCAAAAUUUCUACCUUUUAAUAUAACAGAUACAAGGGAUAUUAAGAUUCAAUAUAACUACAGAAUUUGUACGACUUCCAAAGACAACAAUGAAUUGUCAAGCUGUGAUAAAAUUGGUUUACCACCAAUUUGUCCAAUUAUUUAA